AUGGAAAAAAAAAAAAUUCUAAAAAAUAACAUUUUAAUUUCAGUUAAUAAAGCGUGGAAGGUUCGUGCAACAGAUAACACUCUUUGGAAAAAUCAAUGUACACUCGCCGGCUUCCCUACCACUACAACACCUUCAUCCUUUAACUACAACAUCGAAUCCGAUGAUUUCUUUUAUCAAUUAUAUAAGCAUCAUUAUAUCGUCCAGAACAAUUGGAAUAAGAAAUUAUUUACGAAACACCUCUUUCUCGGUCAUAGAGAAAGUAUCACCUGUAUUGUCGGAUCUGAAUUAAGCAAUAUAUUCUAUUCUGCGUCUUUUGAUAAGACAAUUAAGGUUUGGGAGAUAUCCAGCCAAACUUGUCUCAAAACCUUGGAAGGUCACACCGAAGGAGUUCAAUGUUUAGCAUUGGCUCAAUCAACUCUCGCAUCAGGAAGUUGGGACAAAUCUAUAAUCGUGUACGAUCUCACAGAUGAUUAUAACAUUAUACGCAAACUAUUUGGUCACACGGCUGGAAUCAUAUCCAUAGAAAUAAACUCAAACGAAACACUCCUUUUUUCUGGAUCCGUAGAUAAAACAAUAAGAAUAUGGAACAUUAACACCGGCGAUUGUUUACAUAGAUUGUAUGGUCAUGAUGGCACAGUAGGCACGUUAACACUAAUCCCUCAAUCACCCUUCACUGAUGAUCAAGAUAAUCUAUAUUGGCUUAUUUCUGGUUCGAAUGAUACAAAAAUUUUCGUAUGGGAUGUUGAUCAAUCGUGCCUAACUCAAAAAACUCGGUCAAAAAAGCCUCAAAUCGUUAAAAGACUAGAAGGACAUGCAAGAGCGGUAACCUGCUUGGCCUGGCAUAAAGACAUAAUAAACCAAAUUAUAGAUCAUAAUCAAAGACAUUUAGAUUAUUCAGAUCCGAUCCAUAUCAGUACUAUGCCACUUCUAUCUUCUAGCUCAUCUAGUUCAUCUCCUCAAUCAAAUAAUGAAGAUAAUGAAAAUGAUAUGGAUUUGGAUUCUCAUGCAUCACCAUCUAAUAGUUGCGAUCAAGAUAAUAAUGAUCAAGAUACGAAUAAUGUUCAUGAAAAUGAUUCUCAAGAUUUUCAUAAUAGUUUUCAUUCGCGAAAUUCUUUAUUAUCUACGAAUACAAACAAUACAGUGCCCUCGCCACCUCUUAGUCCUAAUAGUGAUUCCAUGCAAUUAAAUGAUUCAGAGAAACCGUCAAUUACGCAACCUAUUUUUUCUGCAUCUGCAGAUUCUACUAUUCGAAUGUGGGAUCUUUCUAACGGUAAACAACUUCUUUAUGCUAACGACCAUACGGACGUUGUUUGGCAGAUUCAAUGUAAUUCGUCUCGCCUUGUUUCCGUUUCUUCUGAUGGAUUCGUUAGAACACGCAAAUGGCGAUGUAAUCACAAUCAUAAUGAAAACCAACAAACAGGAUUCGACUCCUUGAUCAUUCCGGGAAUUAAAAAGUGCUUUAAACUUUCCUGUCCUGCAAUAACGCUCACCCAAGUUGACCGCGGUGUGACGUGUUUUAAAAUGACGCAUGAAUGGUUGGUCUGUGGAACGGAAGAUGGCGUUCUUAUAGCACUGAAGUUCGUUGAAUCUCAAAACUAA